AUGACGGUGCUCUCAAAGCAAUCUGCGGAAGAGUACAAGAAGCAGAACUACACCACCCGACAAAAGGAGCUUGGACGCCCUGUGAGCCCUCAUGUGACCAUCUAUUCCUUCCCUGUGGGUGCCUUGUCUUCCAUCACCAACCGUGUCACUGGAUGUGUCCUAACCUUUGGAGCUGCUGGUCUAGGAGCUGCUGAACUGGUUGGUGGAGCUGGCACUUCCCUCUGGAUCAUGCAAACCAUCGGGAGCCAAGGAUUCUUGGUUGCAUCUGCCGCCAAAUUCUCGGUGGCUUUCCCCGUUAUCUACCAUUGUGGAGGUGCUGUCCGCCACUUGAUUUGGGAUUACUAUCCUGAAUACCUCGAGAACACCGAUGUGGAAAAGAGCUCCACAGCUCUUUUUGGUAUUUCCACUUUGAUUUCCUUGGGCUUUGUGGUGGUUUAG